AUGAGUCAGUUGCAAACUGUACCGCCAUCCACAGAUGAUUGCUGUUUGCUACGAACAAACCUUGGCAAGACUUAUCGCCCGCAAGCUGAGGACAUUCUAGGCGAUGAACACCUACUCGAUCUUUUUCGCAUUGUCAAGCAAGUACUGCAAAAGAAGCGGGAUCCCGAGAGCCUUGCUAGACUUUUCUUUUGUGUUUCAUAUGCACUUGGUGAUGAAGUCAAGUUUUACAAGCCUGUUCAUGAAAGCAAGCUUAUUUUCGAUGAUCGCAAGCUUGGAGUCAACACUGUACGGUUACCAAGUGCGAGCACUUGUUGUGGUGGUGGUCAUAGCAACAAUAGCACUACUGGUAGUGCCGCUACACCUUCAUCGUGCUCUGUGACAGCAUCAGUAACGCCUGCAGCACCACCAUCAACAGCAUGUGGUAUCCCUGGCAGCAAUAACAGCACCGUAGCAGAUAUGGCACCACAACACAAAUGGCCCGAUACAGCUUCUCUUUCAUCCACAUCAUCAUCGACAGGACCAGGAUCUCCAUUAGCAAGACUCUUAUCAGUAUCAUAUCUUACAAACAAUCCACCAUCGUCGUCUUCGCCUGCCUCGUCGCACAAUAGCCAUACUCACCCGGAAAAACUUUCGAAUGACGAUACAUCAACCGAUCCAUAUACAGUGCGCCCUUACACCAACUUUCGUCCCAGUUAUCCAAGCACAUCAGACCCUACAACAGCAGCAGCAUCAUCUUCAGCAGCAUCCGUCACCUCUAUCUCGAGACAAAGUGAAGCACGUUAUACGCCUCUUCACCAUCAUCAACAACAACAUCCUUCCAACCAUCCUCAUUCACUCGACAUUGCUCCUCUUCCUUCUGAACAUUCACAUCAAUCAAAUGAAUACGUCAUGGAGCCGAAACAACGUGGCUUUUAUUAUCAAGAUGGCCGGAUAUCCCGAGAACCCAUGUUAUUACAACGCUAUGCUGAACAUGGUGUAUUGACACAAGCCUCAUUGAUGCGUAAACGUAAACGUCAAAAUGGUGAUCCGCCAUCCUCUGAGCUGAUGACUCCACCUCCUGUUCCAACCAAAAAACCGAAAAUACCCCAUCGCCACGGCGAGUUUGAGCAGAGACGUGAUGAUAUCAUCAAUCGACUACGUAGCAUCACCAUGACCGAUCUCGAGCAAAAGGCUGAACGUCUUCCAGCUGAGUAUUCCCUUGCUAUCGAAACGGUGCCUCCUAUCUCAGCUGUUCCCGAAUCAUUGACACCUGAACAAGCUGCCGAGUUGCUUGGUCCUUCAUUGCGUAUCCUCACCAAUCAUUCAAAUAUGAAGCCACAUCUCGACAAUGGCAUGAAUCAAAACGGCAUUUAUUACAAUACGGAUUACUUUCGACUGUAUUUGGCGUUUGAGCAAUUUCAAAACACAUUUGCAGCCUUGUUUCCCAACCAGGUGGUCAAAUUACCAGAAUGGACAAGUGAUGGAUAUGUGGAUAUGCCUGGUACAGGUGAAAGAGAUCGUGACCGAGAUCGCAAUGCCAACAUGAAGGCCUAUCGAAGUUGGAUCGAACCCUUGUUGACAGAAACCAAUUGGGCGGCUUUUCGUCGCAACAUUGUUGUGGGUGAACGUAUGAUGCAAUUAUGCAAGGUGGUCGGCCAAGGUGUAUUGCUCAUGACGAAGGAGUUGAGUGGAUCCAAGCUUCACUUGACAUUUACCAACAAUGAAUGGGAUGAAUUUAUUACCGGUCUUAGCUCAGCACGGUGGGAUCAAACGAUUCAAUGGGAAAAUAAUGGCCAUCCUUCACCACCGCCCACAUCUCCUUUUGCUCACAAGUCGGUCUUGGUAGUGGAGUUACGGCAGAAAUUCUUGACAUGUUAUUGGUUCCAUGAAGAAGGUCGUAUCGUCAACAGUGAUACUCGAAGGGCAGCCAUCAUGACCCAUUCGUCAUCAUCGUCAUCAUCAACAACAUCAUCAUCCACUUAA